CGUGUCACGUGACCCGCGGAGGAGGCGCCACGUGGAGCGAGUGAGGGAGGAGGAGGAGGCGGCGGCGUUUGGCGGCGACAGCAGCAGCAGCGACAGAACGAUGGAGCGGCUUAUCCGUACGGCGCUCGCUCUGCUGCUCCACGCGAGCCUUCUCUGUGCCGCCGAGGUCACAUUCGAGCUGAAGGACAACGCCAAGCAGUGCUUCUAUGAAGACAUCGACCAGGGAGUCAAGGUGACGCUCGACUUCCAGGUCAUCACGGGCGGGAACUACGACGUGGACUGCCGGGUGAAGGGGCCGCACGACAGCGUCCUGUACAACGAGAACCGCAAGCAGUACGACAGCUACGCGUGGACCACGGAGCAGCGCGGCACCUACGAGAUCUGCUUCAGCAACGAGUUCUCGACGUUCACGCACAAGACUGUCUACUUUGACCUGCAGGUCGGCGAGGAGGCGCCCCUCUUCCGUGACGAGGGGACCCGCGUGGUCGCCCUGACGCAGAUGGAGUCGGCGUGCGUCACCAUCCACGAGGGCCUCAAGUCGGUAGACAACUACCAGACGCAGCACCGCCUGCAGGAGACGCAGGACCGCCACCAGGCCGAGGUGCUCAACUCGAGGGUGAACAUAUGGUCCAUCGGCGAGACGGUCAUCCUCGUGGUGGUGGGGGUCGGCCAGGUCAUGCUGCUCAAGAGCUUCUUCUCGGACAAGAAGGGAGGCUCCACGCGUGUCGGUCUCUAAAGCACUGCUGGGAGUAGGGGGGGGGGGUGGUCGGGUGGUGGGGGGGGGAGGGGUGGCAGGUGCCCAAGGCCUGGUUGUUGGGGGUCAGCAGUUGAACGGCUCACCGUUGUGUUUUGAGGUCGUACUGCGUGUUGUUGCGCACGAUGUCCGACGUUUCGCUCAGAGUGCCUGGGAGCAUCUUCAGGAAAUGAAACAUCCGGACGUAGUGCCGGACAGCGUGCAGUACGAGCCGAAAACAUACUUUUUUGGAGGGCUAUACAGCACAACCGCUCACGCAGGUGGCAGCUCCUCGAUUGCGUUGCCGCGUCGGUCACGGCAAAAACGGGCAGAGGGUCGGAGUAUUUACGGGAUGGGCAAAUUGACGAUCGUUUUGGGUGCAGUUGUGGUGAUUGAGAAAAAAACGUUAAUGCUUUGAAAAGAUGACAGUCAAUCCACUUGUUUGUGCCCUGGCUGACGAGAGACGCGAUUUUGGAAUUACCCUGCAAAGGGGAGGGCACAGUGUCAAUCGCCUGAGUUGAUCGAGUGCUUGAAUUUGAAAGCAGAUUUGGGUGAAAAGUUUUUAAGUUGUUGAUUUGGAAGUGAGCAGAUAUGGGGUCGUCCAAACUCGAGUGCUCGUGAUCGACCACGGUUUCCCUUUAUUUACGUUCACUGGUAUUCUGCUGUAAUACAAAUUCCGUUACACACUGCAUGUGCCUGAUGGUGGGUAACCACGUCCCACAUGUAGUGGAGAUAUCUGUAUUUAAAUUAAGGUAGAGAUAUUGCGCGCGUGUCUCCCAAGUGACGUAGAGCGCCAGUUGUGAAUCGGCGCUCUGUUGGUCAUGUAGGAUGUGUUUAGCAAUCAUCAGGCGUGGGCAGCAUGUAACGACACAAUUUGUAUUUGAAAAAAGAUGACUGGUAAUUGUAAAAAGGUGGACCCACCGGGUAGGUCACAAGUGUUGGCGUUUGGAAAACCCUCGACCUAAUGUACACUGGACAACGGUGAUACAUUUCUUCCAAAAAUACCCUUACCAACUGAGAUUAUACUUUCAAAAAGUAUCUGACAAAAUCAAAAUUUAAGCAGUAAGCAUUUGACAAUUCAUUGAGUCAUCAAUUUGAAACUGUUAUGCACACAAUAACGCAUGGAAUAUCGCACACCAAGCAACGGGGCAGGAGAGAGUGUUGCCAUAGCGAUGCAUGCCUACUGACACCGCGGGGCCAAAAGCGAAUGAGCUUUAUAAACGUUCGCUAUGUAAAGAAAAUGGUAAGUAUGUGAAAAUAAAAUGCUGCACGAAGACAAAACUAAAAAGUGGAUUCUUUAGUCCAGAUUAAAAGUAGAUUGCAUCCAUAGACAGAUGAAGACCAGAUUGAAAUUGAACCAAACCUAUAAUAAGAGUUCCAUUCAAUUUGAGAAAACGUUGGGGAAAAUGAACACCGCUCCAAUGUUGGGUUCUGGGAACUUGUGUGUCAGACUACUUGCUGUGAAUCAAAAUGAUUUAAGUUGUUGGCAACUUCUCUGGGAAACUGGCAUGGCUCAGCCACUGGUGCCCCAGGAACUGUUGUGUCUGGUCUGACCUUCCUGGAGUGGUGACAUAGAAGUGACCUCUGUAAAGGGUGAUGUGACUUACACCUUGAAUUGUUUUUUUUUACUGAUAAAAUACAAACAUAACCAACUGUAUGACAGAUGCACAAGACCAUUUUGUACCUGGGUGGAAUAUAUUUUUUUGUUAUCCAUGUCGACGUCAUCUUAAGUCUCAAAGGAAGCAAAUUCACCGUGGAAGCAAGUGCCGCCUAGAGUUUUCAAAAACGGGCACCUAUUCCGCGUGGCCCACUCACACCCCAUCGAGCAAUAUCAGUCCUGCUAGUGGCAGUAACUAUUAGGUAUAAGUAAAUAUUUUCUUCCAACAUUGCAUGUUGAACAAAUACAAUAUAAUACAUCGCCAUCAUCAGCCAUGGUCCAUCCACUGCUGGAUGAAGGCUUCUCCAAGCCUUCGCCACCUCUGUCUCACCAUGCAUCAAUCCAUGUAGCUCCUGCACACAAGCUGAUGCCAACGUUCCAUAUCUGCGGUGGAAGUAAUCCGAGUCACCGCAGUGCAGGGAGGUUCAAGAACACCUUGCCAAAACUUCCCUCUGCUACCUAUUUGGCACGCGUGUUAAGCAGCGCCGUUGGAUUGGAAGUUUGCUCUUUAAGAGAGACUUAAGGUGAUGACGUGAGCACCCAUGCUGAUAUCGGGAGAAAAAUACGGUGUUUUGUUAUAAGUUUAAGAAAUGCGUUAAAAAAAAUCAAACGUUUGUCCGCAUGCUGUGAUAUUUUAGUACACCAAUCAUUGUGGUCACCCACAUGGCGAUGAGUACAUAAUUUAAUUCAUUUUUCACUGCAACGACGGUGUGCCAGGCUACACAAAUUGUUACGGUGACAAAAGCCGACCGAGGAAAGCAUCUGCGUGUUCCUGUCAUGUCGGGAUGUUUGGCCAAUUGCUUUCUAGUUUGGGUUUUAUGCGAGAGAAAUGUCGGGUACCUGGACAAAAACCCAUGGCUGAGAGGGGAUGGCAACCACGCACUGCCACCUCCUGGUCACCAAUUAAUAUCUAAUUAAUAAGAGGCCCCAUCACAAACAAGGAGAUUAGCGUUCAUUAUGGGCAAGCCAAUAACUGGGUGACAGGGGAGUGUCCAUGCUAUUGGGAAUGUGUGGUAGGGUGAGUUAAAAUGGAGAUGAAUACGAUAGACGGGUCGAUCGUGUUGUGGGUCGAUGUCGCGGUGGUUGUUGGCACUUUGGUGAACCCAUGGAGUUAAAUUCCUGGCCAAGGGCUAACAUCGGCGACAAGUAGUUUCUGCACCGGUCCUGGACACCCAUUUCACCAAGCUGAACGGACCAUCAUGGUGAAGUCCGGUCAAACCCGUCCACUCAAUUGCUAACACUGCAUAGAGAAGUCUUCAUCCAGCGGUAGAUUAACAAAGAGCUGCACUUUUAUUUUAUGAUUCGAUCGAGAAAAUAAUUAUUUUAAGACAAACGUAUAUUCUAAUACUUUACGUUUCAGAUUCGGAUUUGCAAUAUGAUCUGAACAAUGUGAUCGGGUACAUACUCUCUUUGGUUUUUUCGGUUAAGUCACGUAGGUAAAAUAUAAAAAUGAAAAAUAAAUUAAAUCACGUUUCCGAGGCAACACAAGCUUACGUCUUGAUUUUGGCUGUGACGGUUCCUUGUGUUGCUUCCGAAACGUGAUUUAAUUUAGUUUUCAUUUUUAUUUUUUACCUACGUGACUUUACCGAAAUAACCAAAGAGUAUGAAUCCUUGCAGUCAUGAAAACUUCAAAUCUAGAAUGUGAUCGGGUGCCUGUAAAACAACCUAUCCGAGCACCCCCCUAGUACCGUACUCUCCAUCCCCAAAUUGUAAAGCAAAAGUUGGGAGUGGGGGGGCAUCAUAAUCCAGUAGGUGUGCGACCAGAUGUCUACUGCAUUAACUGUAUCGACUACGGGGACAAGUUAGGGGUGCGUCUUAUUCUCCGGAGCGUCUUUUAGAAUUACGGUAGUCUUUGUCAACUCAAGUUGAAGUGCGAAGCUCUUGACGGUGGAACCACAUAUCUUUCCAAUGUGGUCCUGCUUUGCGACACAAGCCUCAGUUUCCUGAUGCUGCAUUUCAACUUCCACAGUGGCUUUGUGUUCCCAUAGGCUUUGGAUUAUGCAGUAUGUUUUUUUAUGAAUACAAAGUUGGUUGGGACCUUU